GAUGGGGAAGAAAAUAUUAUAGAAGAAAAGGAUUGCAAAGGAAGAAGGGGAGUCCCAGGCCCUCAGUCUGUUUGAGAAGGGCCUUUGAGGCACAGAGCUAAACUUGGAAUUACCUGUCGCAGAGCAAGAGCUGAUGGAGCUGGACCACAAAGCAGGUACAACCACUUUGACCAGGGCCCAUCUGAACAACAGCAAGGAAGGCCAGCAGGACACGGACCCCCGGAGAACUGCCCGUAGCCCACUGGAUACCUCCAAGUUCAAGUACCAGCUCCCAGUCUCCCCACAGCCAUCCAUGUACCAAGGACACAGCCCCCGGGGCAGCUCCCUCGGGCAGGCCUCCCUGGAGGAGAUCCGGCCUCCAUCCCUGAAGGCUGUCAGCCAGGACUCUCCCCAGAGGGACUCACAGCCGGGGUCCCUGAAGAAGGAGAGCUACAGACCCUCCUCGAGGGAGAGGAGGGCCUCCUUCCGAGAGGGGGCUCAGCCGUGCCAGGGGCUGGAGGAAGUCCCCAACUUGGGGGCACAGGGCCAGAGUAGCAGCAGUAUUCCCAACAACAUUCGUCACAAGUUUGGGAGCAACGUGGUGGACCAGCUGAUCUCCGAAGAGCAGGCUCAAAGGGCCAUUGGUGAAGCCUUGAAGGGCCAGAAAAGGGCAAGCUCACGGCCCAGCAGGAUCCAGAGUCCCACUGAAAUCACCUCCGUCUUUUCAGGCUACUAUGAUCUGGGCUACAACAUGCGGUCAAACUUGUUUCAAGGGGCCCCACAGGAGAUGAAGAGCCUCAUGAAGGCCUCCUACACCCCUGAGGUGAUUGAGAAAUCAGUGAGGGACUUACAGCACUGGCAUGGCAGGAAGACGGAUGAUCUGGGACGGUGGCACCGGAAAAAUGCGGUGAACAUGAACUUGCAGAAAGCACUGGAUGAGAAAGAAAAGAGCAAAAGCAAGAACUUGAAGUUGUAGUACAACCCAGAAGAGGCGCCCUCCACUCAAAGAAAGUGCUAAUAAAGAGAGACACACAUCUGAA